CCGUUUGAGCAAACAGGGAAAACAUGCCAUAUGAAUAAAGCACUGAACUGGGGAAAAAAAAAAAUAAUAAAAAAAUAAAAAAAGGUAGGUGUUAUGCAAAAGUCCCAGGACUGUUUCAGUGACCACAUCCCCGACCAGUUCCUUGACCACAUCCCUGACCUUGAUCGCUUCACUGACCGUCACCGCUUCCCUGACCAUGACCGCUUCCCUGGCCGCUUCCCUGGCCGCUUCCCUGGCCGCUUCCCUGGCCGCUUCCCUGGCCGCUUCCCUGACCCUGACCGCUUCCCUCACCGCUUCCCUGACCCUGACCGCUUCCCUGGCAGCUUCCCUGGCCGCUUCCCUCAUCGCUUCCCUGACCACUUUGCUGGAAAACAUGCCAUAUGAAUAAAUCACUGAACU